CGCGCGGGCCCACCCUGCCCCGACCGCUCGGUCCGUUCUGUGGCCUGCGGCGGGGCCGGGGGGCGGCAGCGGCCGGCCGACCCACCGACCGCCGCCCCCAUGUCGCUCAAGGCCCUGCAGAGCUCGGGGGUGGCAUUUCGCCGCAUCCUCGCGCACUUCCCCGAGGACCCCAGCCUGGCCUUUGCCUACGGGUCCGGAGUCUAUCGCCAGGCGGGGCCCAACGCCGAGCAGCAGAACCUUAUGCUGGACUUUGUGUUUACAGUGGAUGACCCUGUUGCUUGGCAUUCAAGGAACCUGCAGAAAAAUAGGACCCAUUACUCUUUCCUAAAAUUCUUCGGGCCGAACGUCAUCACUGAUGUUCAGAAUAAUUAUGGGGCUGGCGUUUACUACAAUUCAAUGAUCCCCUGUGAUGGGAAGCUCAUCAAAUAUGGAGUUAUUAGCACAGAUGCUCUGAUCAGAGAUCUGAUUGACUGGAAUACACUGUACAUCGCUGGACGCCUGCACAAACCAGUGAAGAUCCUGGCACAGAAGGAGAACGGUGCGCUGCGAUUUGCCCUCGGUAAGAACCUGAAGAGUGCAGUCACAGCAGCUUUCCUCAUGCUACCAGAAAGCUUCUCUGAAGAAGACCUCUUCGUUCAGAUUGCCGGACUCUCCUACUCUGGUGACUUCCGGAUGGUGUUUGGAGAGGAAAAAUCAAAGGUGCAGAAUAUCGUCAAACCCAACAUAGCUCACUUUCGAGAGCUCUACAGUAAUAUCCUGCAGGAGAACCCCCAAGUGGUGUAUAAACUUCACCAAGGCAAGCUAGAGUUAGAUAAAAGUCCAGAAGGUCAGUUCACUCAGCUAAUGACUUUGCCAAAGACCCUGCAACAACAAAUAACUUAUAUCGUGGACCCGCCUGGAAAGAACCGAGAUGUGGAAGAAACCCUAUUACAAGUCGCUCACGAUCCUGAUUGUGGAAUAUUGGUACAACAGGGUCUUUCAGGAAUUGUGCGCCUCUCUAGCAUAAUGCAGAGUGCCAAAGGAAUCCUCACAGCUGGUGUUGGGAAAUCUAUGGUUUACAGUUCGAGGAAAGUGUACAAGAUGUGGAAGGGAUGGUUGAGGAUGACAUCCUGACAUUUCUUGCUUUUGAAUAUUCUGUGUACAGAAGAAUAAAGUAACUGAUCUGUUUUGUCAGAACACGAUUCAA